UUUGGAGAUGGACGCUUUGAAAUCCGCCGGAAGGGCAAUUAUUCGGAGCCCUAGUAUCGCUAAACAGUCCUGGGGUUCGGGCAAACACAAAAAGCUUCCAGAAAACUGGACGGACACGAGGGAGACCCUGCUGGAGGGCAUGACGUUUCACCUCAAAUACCUCGGGGUGACGAUGGUUGAGCAGCCCAAAGGCGAGGAGCAGUCUGCGGCGGCUGUCAAGCGGAUAGUGGCCACGGCCAAAGCCAGUGGGAAAAAACUCCAGAAAGUCACGUUAACAGUCUCCCCUCGUGGAAUCAUCCUUUACGACAGUGCCUCAAACCAGCUGAUAGAAAAUGUCUCCAUAUACAGAAUAUCGUACUGCACUGCGGACAAGAUGCACGACAAAGUGUUUGCCUACAUUGUCCAGAGUCAACACAACGAGACUCUCCAGUGCCAUGCCUUCCUCUGCUCAAAGAAAAAGAUGGCGCAGGCAGUAACCCUGACGGUGGCUCAGGCUUUCAGAGUGGCAUUUGAGUUCUGGCAGGCUUCCAAGGAAGAGAAAGAGAAGCGAGUAAAGACAGGGUCGGAUAGGGAAGGAGCCUGCAACCCUCAGUCGGACAGCUCGGUCAGCGUGGGCAGCCUGAAGGGAGGAGAUGUAGCCACAGAAACCCUCCUGGACUUCGCAGAGGGAGCUAACGCAGCACUGGCCCGCUCAGGAACGAAGCAGACGGACUCUGAACCCUUUGCGGUGCACAAUCACGCAGCAGAGAACAACAACACCGUGUGGGAGCUGGAGGACGGUCUGGACGAGGCUUUCUCAAGACUCGCUGAGUCUCGCACUAACCCCCAGGUCCUGGACAUUGGGGUAAACCCUCAGGACUUCAACAAAGAAGAGUGCCUGCCCGCCCCAGUCCAAUGGGACCAAGACGACGAAGACUUGACUGCACAAAACGACACUUUGGGCUUUUAACACGAAGCCUCUACCGAGAAGGGAAAACCAGGGAAAGACGAGGAAGAAACUGUGUGGAAACAAAAACUGACGCUGGUGUCAUCAUUAUGGUUUCCUACCUCCUUCCUGCUGCCACGUCCCUGUACCGUCUCAGACCUGUGGACCUGUGGUGGACCUGCACACACGUCCAGAGGAGGACAACACGAGCUGAUGGCUCACAGAACAGGCCAAAGCAAUACAAACUAGUAGAAACCCUUUUUUUUUUUACGAGGCACAUGCAGUUGCUUCAUGUUUGUUACAGUCGGUCUGUUUUCCAGUUCUUUAGUGUUGACCCGUUCUCUGUUGGUCGUGUGUUUGUGUUACAGAAAGUUUGUGGUGGAUGUUUGAUAUAAAUUACAGAUGUGAGAACCACGAGUUACGUUUGAUGGGACAAAAAGGGCGUCGUUAGUUUUUAUCUUUCUUAAGAAAUGUAAAAAUGUAGCAGGUCUGAGGGAAACUAGCAGCCGAUGCACCAGCUCCCUGCGCGGGAGUUACUACCCAUGUGCUUCAAGACUUCAGCCUUCUGCUGGGCAACAAAAGCUUUAAAAUGUGUGUGCGUGUGUAUGUGUGUGUUGACUGGAGUUUUUAACGAGGAGAACAAGUGACAAUCUUAUUUUUUUUAAUUGCAAAAUUUAUUUUUGCACUAAACAUUGUGUUUAUGUUGAAAAGCACACAAACCUUCAUGCGAGGUCUUUUAUUGUCACAUGCAUCCAACUCGUUUACCUGUUUUUAGUCUUCAUGAAUUUUUAAAGAAAGCGCUUCGCCGCUCUGAGUCACUGGAUCCAAAGUUGUAUCAAUGUUGCUUUUUUUUAAAUGUGUGGGACUGAACAGCUCCAGAGCACGGCACAGUUACGUCAGUCACAAUUAUCUCUCAGGCGGAAGGCCGAGACUCGGAUUAGAAAGCAGAAAGUCGGUCCAUCUGUUGCUUAUUCGAACUAAAACUCUUACAAUUCAUCGUACACUCGCAGAUCAUGAAGUCCAAGAGGAUGAGGAUGUUUUAAAGGCACAGUUUGUUACAGUGGAAUUGCUGGUUUACGUUUUUUUCCCCUUCUAAGAUUGUUCCCAGUGUUAUUUUUU